AUGCUCAGUAGCUGCAGAGAUCUCAAAAUCUCAGAUCCCAUUUAUGUAACCUUUGGAAGCUCACCCACUUUUACUAAUAAGAAGAAGAAGAAGGAGUUAGGAAUGGCUUCCGUACUACUGAGUCGACUCGUCCUUGGUCUCUUUCUUGCGAGCCUGGCAGUAGCAACCGAAGCAGCCGCUGAUAACCCAAGACCUGGGUUUCUCUACACAAGAAACAGGGGAAGAUGCACUCCACAGUUUUGGAGCAGCAGGAGGGAGUCAUGGCCGAAAAUGGUGCCAGAGAUGUCGACGGUGUCGAAAGUGUUCGGUUCGAGAGCUUACGAACGGUACAGAUACGAUCUGACUCUCUUGGAAGCGACUUCGAGGAACGAUGACGGCGAGAAUGUGUUUGUACGGCUAGUGAAGGAGUCGACGGCGGCGUUGCUCAACUCUUACUCCAGGAAGGGCUACCCAUAUUCUGCUUGGGAAGUGAAGACGGCGGUCAUACAAGCUUUGGUAUCGGAGAAGGCUGCUGAAAUUCAGGCCCAACAGUUUUCUGAGGCCAAUGAGAACUGUACUUAGAUUUGGAACAAUAGUAAUGUAACGAAGUGUGUCAUUGCGUCGCUGUUAAAAUGUUCAUUGUCACGUCUUCAAUUACUCAUCAUAUCAUUAACUAAUU